GGCUGUGUUUAGUUUUCCCCAACCCCACAGAUCUUCGCUCCGCUAGCAUGUUAUUCUCAGCCUCCAACUGCCGUGUUUACUGAGAAAAUUUGCUUUUUUUUUCGUAUACUCAAGUAAAAACAAGACAUCAUAUGAGGUAGAUAUGAAAGAACGCUACGUUUGAGGAUGUUUAAAUAACUGAAGAGACAAUUUAGUUGGACCAACAACUGUUAAAGUGUUUUGCUAUUCUGCUCCGGAGAGUCGGCAAGAAGAGUCCUUUCGGUUCCCACGUCCCACCAGAUCCCACCACAUCCAUGUUAGCUGCUGCACUUUGCCGUUCGAGUCCGGGGCUCCAAAUGCCGCCAACUCUCCGUUCGUGUGCGGACGAGACUCGGUUAACUGACGGUGGCAUGUAGGAGGACCAGCGUUUUCCCAGUUUUCAUCCCUAGCGUCAGUAUGAAGGGCAGUUAACGGAUAAGAUGGCUGCUGAAUCCCUAUUUGUCCACGAAUCCGUGCAGUGAUGUUACUUUUAAACGCUAAACUGUACAAGGGCUAGGAUGGCUACACAUUUUUAGGCACCCACUUGUGUCGGUAUUUAGCUAGUUUGUAGCAUUAAGGGUUUUUCAGUGAUGCUAAACGUUCCCCCCAAAAAGAGGGACUGAGGUAAAAAUCCUUCCCACUCAAGACGUUCUAUGCAUGCUAGUCGAGAAGCUUUAUCAUUUUUAGCCGUUUUGGUCGCGAGGCAAGGCUUCAAACUUGAAGAAAAUGCAACUUGUUUGUUGUGGCGAAAGCAUCCCUAGAGUAGUAGCGGACGCUCUGUUAGUGUUUGGAGUUAAACCCCAAGGCCCCGGUCUGCUUCUCGGUUAGUUCGAGCUGGAGUUGAAGGAACAGCCAGAAGAAGAAGAAGAGAGAGAAAAAAUAAGGACAAUGGAUCAUCCUGGAGGGAAAUAUAAGGCUCCAUUUUUCAUGUUUGGACCCAAACCACGGGGACUCAGCCGAUACCUGGCGGUCUAUGUUUUGUUUUGCUUCGUCCUGCUCACUCACGCCUCCCCGGCCAAGCCGUGCGACAAGAGCUGCUUCUCGGGGAAAUGUCUGAACGGCUCCUGCGUCUGCGAGCGAGGAUGGGUGGGAGAGCUGUGCCAGCACUGCCAGGGCAGGUUCAAGCUGACAGAACCAUCAGGAUACCUCACAGACGGUCCCAUCAACUACAAGUACAAAACCAAGUGCACAUGGUUAAUAGAAGGCUACCCCAACGCAGUUUUACGGUUACGCUUCAACCACUUUGCUACAGAGUGCAGCUGGGACCACAUGUACGUCUACGAUGGAGACUCCGUUUAUGCUCCUCUGGUUGCUGUUUUCAGCGGCCUCAUCGUUCCAGAGAGACGAGGGAACGAGACGGUUCCUGAAGUCGCGGCGACCUCAGGCUACGCGCUGCUGCACUUUUUCAGUGAUGCUGCCUACAACCUAACCGGAUUUGAAAUAUACUACUCCAUGAAUUCUUGUCCAAAUAACUGCUCUGGACACGGCAAGUGCACGCCGGGUAACUCGGCCGUCAGCAGAGUCUACUGCGAGUGCGACAAGUACUGGAAAGGCGAGGCCUGUGACAUCCCCUACUGCAGGAACAACUGUGGAAGCCCCGACCACGGCUACUGUGACCUUACAGGGGAGAAGCUGUGCGUCUGUAACGACAGCUGGCAAGGUCCAGAUUGCUCACUAACGGUACCUUCCACCGAGUCCUAUUGGGUCCUUCCCAGCGUCAAGCCUUUUGGCACCUCGUUCGCUCGAGCUUCCCAUAAGGCCGUGGUGCAGGACAAAGUCAUGUGGGUCGUGGGCGGCUACACGUUCAACUACAGCUCAUUCCAUAUGAUCCUCAACUACAACUUGGAGAGUGGAGUUUGGACCACAGUUCCCAUCGGGAGUGGACCUGUGCCAAGAUACGGCCACUCACUUGCAGCACAUCAGGACGACAUCUACAUGUUUGGGGGGAAACUGGAGGCUGGCUUGAACAACGUCACCGAUGAGCUGUGGGUCUUCAACAUACCCAACCGUACGUGGCAGAGGAGGAACCCCGUUGUCGGCUCGCUGGCACAAGUCCAGGUCUACGCCGUGGAGGGACACACGGCCCACUGUGUCUCGCUGGACAGUGGCGACACAAUCAUGCUGGUCAUCUUUGGCCACUCCCCCAUCUACAGCUACAUCAGCUACGUUCAGGAGUACAACCUGAGGACCAACACAUGGUCAGUGCCUGAGACUAAAGGCGCUGUUCCUCUGGGAAGUUACGGCCACAGCAGCACACAUCACGGCAGCAGCGUCUACGUCCACGGCGGCUACAAAGCUCUGCCGAACAGCAAGUAUGGCCUCGUCGAUGACCUGUACAGAUACGACGUGAACACGCGGACAUGGUUCAUUUUGAAGGAGAGCGGCUUUCCACGCUACCUGCACUCAGCUGUGCUCCUCAGUGGAACCCUGCUGGUUUUCGGUGGCAACACGCACAACGACACGUCACUAAGCAACGGGGCCAGGUGUUUCUCCGCCGACUUCCUUGCUUAUGACAUUGCUUGUGAUGAGUGGGAGGUCCUUCCAAAGCCAGACCUGCACAGAGAUGUCAACCGCUUCGGUCAUUCGGCUGUGGUCAGCAAUGGGUCCAUGUACGUGUUUGGGGGUUUCUCAGGCGUGCUGCUGAACGAUGUGCUUGUUUAUCGGCCUCUCAGCUGCCAGGCCUUCUCCGCAGAGGAGGGGUGCCUGAAGGCUGGACCGGGGGUCAGCUGCGUCUGGAGCAGGGGCCACUGUGUCCCCUGGGAACCCAGCAGCCUUGAGCCAUUGCCUUUUUGCCCUCCUAAACCCGCCUCAGUGGAUGAGUGGUGCUUCAGGUUCUCAGACUGCAGCAGCUGCACGGAGAACACCGUCGGCUGCCAGUGGUGCGAUGAUAAAAAGUGCAUCUCUGCUGGAAGCAACUGUACCUCUGGCGUGACCAACUUCACCGCAUGUCCAGUGAGGAACGAGCAGACGUGCAGCAAGUUUGCCAACUGCAAUCUCUGCUUGCUAAAUCUUAACUGUCACUGGGAGCAGAGUCUGUCAAAGUGUCAAUCCAUGCCUGCCCAGCAGUGCAGUGAGGGCUGGAGCCGGGUGGGGGAUGCCUGUCUGAGGAUCAACUCCAGCAGCGAGACCUACGAUAACGCCCAGCACUACUGCAAGAACCUCAACGGGAACAUCGCCUCGCUGACCACCGCCAAGCAAGUGGACUUUGUGCUCCAGGAGCUCAAAAAGCUCCAGCAGCAGGAGAAGCAACUGUUUCCGUGGGUGGGGUUAAGGAAGAUCAACGUGUCGUAUUGGGGCUGGGAGAACAUGUCUCCCUUCACCAACAGCAGCUUGCGCUGGCAGCCUGGAGAGCCCAAUGACUCCGGUUUCUGUGCCUACCUGGAGGAGCCGCAGGUUUCAGGCCUGAAGGCCAACCCAUGCACUGCCACCGCCAAUGGCCUCAUCUGCGAAAAGGCCAUCGGAAACGCCAACCAGAAUAGCCGUCCUUCCUGCAAGAAGCCGUGCUCGCUGCACACCAACUGCAGCAACUGCACCAGCCAGGGCACAGAGUGCAUGUGGUGCAGAAGCACAAAGCGCUGUGUGGACUCCUCUGCUUAUGUCAUAUCCUUCCCCUAUGGCCAGUGUCUGGAGUGGCAAACGGGAGAAUGUAUUGCCCAGAACUGCUCGGGGCUGCAGACGUGCUCCCAGUGCUUGGAGCAGCCGGAGUGCGGCUGGUGUGGCGACCCCAGCAGCACGGGGAAAGGCUUGUGCAUGGAGGGCUCCUACCGAGGCCCCAUGAAGAGAGCUGUGAAGCCGGGUCAGCAGAGUCCAGCCCACGACGUCACCCUGGAGCCAGGCAGCUGCCCCAAAGAAAAGGGCUUCGAUUGGUCUUUCAUACACUGCCCUGCGUGCCAGUGUAACGGCCACAGCACGUGCGUGAACGGCAGCAUGUGUGAGCAGUGCCGCAACCUGACCACUGGCCCCCACUGUGAGACUUGCAUGCCUGGUUACCAUGGAGAUCCCACUAAUGGUGGCAAAUGCCAAGCUUGUAAGUGCAAUGGUCAUGCCAGCGUGUGCCAGGUGUUAACUGGCAAAUGUUUCUGCACCACAAAGGGGAUCAAAGGAGACCAGUGCCAGCUAUGUGACUCAGAAAACCGUUACCUUGGCAAUCCACUGAGAGGAACCUGUUACUACAAUUUGUUGAUCGACUACCAGUUCACGUUCAGCCUCAUCCAAGAAGAUGAUAAUCACUACACUGCCAUUAAUUUCAUGGCCUCACCUGAACAGGCAAACAAGAACCUGGACAUGUCCAUCAACGCAUCGAACAAUUUCAACCUCAACAUCACGUGGUCAGUGGGGUCGACAGCUGGAACCAUCUCUGGUGAGGAGGUGCACAUUGUGUCCAAAACCAACAUAAAAGAAUACAGAGACAGUUUCUCCUGUGAGAAAUUCACCUUCAGAAGCAACCCCAACAUUACCUUCUAUGUGUACGUCAGCAACUUCUCCUGGCCGAUCAAGAUCCAGAUUGCGUUCUCCCAACACAACAGCAUCAUGGACCUUGUUCAGUUCUUUGUGACGUUUUUCAGCUGCUUUCUUUCACUGCUGCUGGUGGCUGCUGUGGUGUGGAAGAUCAAACAAACCUGCUGGGCAUCUCGACGCAGAGAACAGCUGAUGAGAGAGCGUCAGCAGAUGGCCAGUCGUCCGUUUGCCUCCGUUGCCGUUUCGCUGGACGCCAGACGAGAGCUGACCGAAAUGUUGCUGCCUGUAGUUGACGGGGCACCGAAACCUGUUGCAAUCGAGCCGUGUUCUGGAGGAAAAGCAGCCGUGCUGACCGUGCUCAUGCACCUGCCUUCCGGGCUUUCAGCUUUACCGCCACCGGGACAGUCAGGAAUCAUUGUAGCCAGCGCGCUGAUAGACAUUUCCCAGCAAAAGGCGUCCGAUUUUAAGGACAAGUCCCAGUCUUUGAAGAACCGGAAAGCCCUUCCUCCUGCACACCAGGGGACCUGCGUCUGACUCCCUCAGAGCUUCAGUCGCUCCAACAACGUCUCAGGUCCCAGCUGGACUCCUUUCCGUUCACAUGACACGGUGUUACCUUUUGUUUGUUUUUUUUAGAGGAUUUUAAUUUGGCUGCUAACUGCUGAAGAGCUAAACCCUCGCUCCCUUUACUUGCUCAUUUUCCACUCGCCGCAUCCGAGAGAAAAACGAGGAGGAAUCGAACCAUUUGAAGCCAUGAAAGUUCAAAACCCUCCGUUUUUUAGGAUGAAGGAGAAGCCCAGCUGCAUCAGGCGGUGCAAGUGUGUCCUUCUUUUUGCCUUAGGCGUUUUUGCGUUGAGCCUGACCUGGAUGGCCUUUAUGUGGGAAGAAUAUGCACUAAUCCAGGACUUGAGCAGAAACUGCGUGGACGAUGGAGACAGCUUUAUCUCCUGUACAUACUGUAUGAAACCUCCACGCCCGUGUUUCCUGUGGAAUCCUUUUUUUUUUUUUUUUUUAUUGUCAGGCCUCUGAUUUCUGCAGUGUUAGGAGAAAACGGACCAAUCGUGCGUCUUUAAAGGAGGACAAAAAAAACCUGUCUUCAUUUUACAAGAAGCUGAGAAACAAAAAGGGAAGUCACUGUAAAAAAAAAAAAAGUAAAAAACACUUGUUGGUACUUUGCAUCAUUUUGCUUUACCUGAAAACAUCAGUCGGAUCAUUCUGGUUGAUUGUUUGUGACUAAACAAACCGUACACCCAGGAUGUGGCACUCAUCUGGCUGUUUACUUCCUUUUUUUUGGUACAUUUUUACUUGUUUUUGUCGCUAUCCUUUCUUUCUGAGUGUAAAAACAAUAAUCUUUUUGGUAAUGCCUUUGCUUUCUGUGAACUCUCCCAGCAGAAAGGUGAGAUUAAAGGAAAAUAAGCUGUACAGUGUUUUGACAAAAGUGUUUUUGUUACUGUUUUUUUCAGAUUUCACUUCUUUUUUUCAGGUUUUUAUGGGAAAAAACUUGCAAAAAAACCAAAACCUGUUACUUUUCCGCCUUGUCACCAGAUUUUCCUUCUCUGUAAUAGUCUUUUGGGACAUGUGAAGACAGAUUUUAUGUUUGUAUUUUUUGAUAUUUAACAGAUUCCUGUGUAAUACCACCUUCACUUUGACAUGUUUCCAUUGAUUGUCUGCUUUUUGUUUCCUAAUAGUGCCUCUGUACAGAAUGUUUGGGCAUUGUUCAGUUUUAUUAAGAAAUUAUUAAACGGUUUUCCUUUGUAUUGGUUCAGUCAUAUUUUUAGUGUUAAUUAAAUAGUGUUUCUGCACAGGAGUCAUCCCGCUGUACCAUGGAAACAAAUAAAAGCUGCAUAUCAGUAA